CGAGCUAGCUGAAAUGGCGACGUCCACUGCAUCAAACGCAUCACAUGGAGCGACAGGCAGCGCGAAAAGCAGCGAUCUAAUGCCGCUGCUGCAUCAGUGGCUGACACAAGAGCGGCAGCGCUUUGCAAGUGAGGACACGGCUCUCAUUACCCUCCUCGACCGGGUGGUCGACCGCGCCGCCCUCUUCAUCGCCAUGGCCCAAGCACAAGACGACGGCCAGCCAUCAUCGCAGCAGCCGAUGGACACUGAGCUGCUGAUGAACGCGCUGGAAUACUUCAUCGACCAGCUUAUGGCGGCAUCCGACGGCAGCCACGCACCCGCAGACACGCGCAAGCAUCUCAUUGCCCACGUGAGGGAGCGUGUGGAGCUGCUGGGUGCGAGUUUGCGGGCGGCAGACGACGAGGAGGGCGAGAGCGAAGCUUACGAGACUGAGCCUGAGGGCGAGGGGCGGUUGUCUGAGCAGCCGCAGCACCAGGCGCGUGCGGCCGACGGGGUGUCAGAGGGCGAUAGAGAGCCGGAGAGCGAAGGAGGGGAGGCACGGGUGAGAGAGAGAGGGAACACGCAGACACUGUCGGGUGGUGUGAUAAAUGGUGUGUCUUUUCUUGUGUGCGUGAUUGUGUGUUCAGAUAGUGUGUCCCCACCUGUCCUACCUGUUAUGGAUACGCGUCUUUGAGUACCUGCACCACGACGAGCUGGAGGCACCCGCCAUAGCCUGCUCCGGCCUCUGUGCGGCCAUCAACCUCAACCUGUAAGCAGCACCUGUCCUGCCACAUCUCUCUGUGAUAAAGGGAUUAUUGCCGUGUUUGGUGGUAUGUUGCGGUGUGUGUGGUCAGAUUCUACAUGUACUUGGUGAUGCGCGUGCUGCGGUUUCUGCUGGUGGGCCCCUCGGACGAUAUCGAGGACGAUGAUGAACAAGAGGGCCAGCAGGGAGGGUAGAUAGAGACGCAGCCAGGUGGUGGUCAGCCUGUGUCGCUCAGCUCGUGUUAAGCUAAGGUGUUGCGGCACUCACGAGUGCCUUAACAUUUGAUGGGUUGCAAUGCAUAGUGGCGCUCACACGACGCACCGCACAGGUGGAUUGGAUAGGGACAAUUCAU